UGGGAUGGGAUGGGCUGUAUGGUCCCUUCCCACCCAAACCCUCCUGUGAGUCCACCUGAAGUCGUUUGCCGCAGUUGGAACCCCUCAAGCUCUCACUUCGAGAAGGUGUUGGGAAGGUGCUGCUGGCAAACCUGAUUCCGGCUGGUUUCUCCCUCCUGCUGCUCCCAGGGCAGCCCCAGGACUGUCCCGAGCCCCGCAGAGCCGGUGCAGAGCACGGCAGCCACCCCUCGCUGCCGGUGACGCCCCGUGAAGACUUUUUGAGCCUCCGCACUUCCUGACCUGGGCUCAUUUCACGUGUCUGGGUCUGCCUUGGCUGCUCUGGAAAGAAAAAGCCACCGUGCGUUUUCCUGCCGCAGCCGUGCGGGUCUGAUGUGGUGGAGAGGAGCAGCAGGAGGAGGAACACGAGCAUGAGGCUGGAGCAGUCCCUGCCCCUGCUGGGGCUCCUGCUGUGCGCAGUUGGCAUCACAGCUCAGGAGGAUGAAGAGCUGGAGGGCGAGUUCCUGGUGGAGAUUUCGGGCACCACGGUGACAAUCACGUGUCCCUUUGAGGACGAGGACAUCCGAUGGGAGCUGUCAGGGAGACCAGAGGGCACCAGGGAGAGGAAGCUGGUGCUGAAGGACCACGACAGCACUCCUGCCAACCUGAGCUGCUCCUUGGGCACCCAGACGCGCCAGCUGUACCUGAAUGCCAGAGUGUGUGCCAACUGCGAGGAGCUGGACGCCCUGACGGUGGCAGGGAUCAUCGCCGCAGACCUCCUCAUCACCCUGGGGGUGCUGAUCCUGGUCCACUACUUCAGCAAAGGCAGGAGGGGGCGAGCCAGCGCUGCUGGGGAGCGGCGGGGGGGGGGGGGGGGGGGGGGGGGUGGGGAGCGGCGGCCACGAGGUCAGAAGACGCAGCGUCCUCCCCCCGUGCCAAACCCGGACUAUGAGCCCAUCCGCAAAGGCCAGCGGGAGGUGUACGCGGGCCUGGAGCCCAGGGGCUUCUGAAAUUCCCGGGGAUGCCGGGCUGGAAGCAGCAGCACCGGGGCUGAACGCUUCUGCCCAGCCUGUUCCCAGCUCUCUGCAGCUCUGCUGAGGCUCUGGCAUUUUGGGAUAAGCCACAGGUUGGGGAUGCACCGUCCCACCCUGGGCUGUGCUUGGGUUUGCCAUCAGGGAACAGAAAUGGGCACAUUGGCAAGAGAUUUCCUUCUGAUUAAAGGACUGCAGCCUCACUGGUGGUUCUUGGUGUCUUUUUCCCCUCACACUUCUCUCUGCUC